AUGGGAAAUCUUCCUUCACCAAGAGUACAACCGACGCGGUGUUUCCAAAAUGUGGGAAUCGACUUUGCCAGUCCAUUCAUGGUGAAGAAAAGUCGUAGACGAAACGCUCGUACUUACAAGGCCUACGUGUGUGUAUUCGUUUGCCUCGCGAUAAAGGCUAUCCAUCUUGUGGUAGUGACCGAACUAUCGACUUCUGCUUUUCUUGCGGCAUUAGAUCGCUUCGUAUCGCGUCGUGGCCUUUGUACCUUCAUAGUUAUCGACUGCGGCACUAACUUUAUUGGUGCCCGCCGUUAA